AUGGAUAAACCUCGCAACUCUAUGAACAAACCUAAAACUCCUAUUAGGAUUGAGGAAGACACUGAUACUACUGAGAAACCAAUUCUUAUCAACAUCUCGGCUGGAAACGAUGUUGUGGAAUCCAUCAUAAAUGUUGCUUUGGUUCAUCAAGCUAAUAUCACAGUACUAAAAGGUAGUGGUCUUAUCUGUGAUCUUACUUUUCAUGACCCAGUGUCCCAUUCCUAUGUAUUCACAUUACACGGACCAUUCCAAAUGACAUCUAUCUUAGGAGAAUAUGUUAACACAAAGGAUAGUUGUGUUCCUUCUGAGCUCAUCGAUGAACCUAUUAAUUCCUCCUUUUCUAUUUUCCUAACCCGUGGUGAUGGAAAAGUGUUUGGUGGGAUUGUUGAAGGAAAGGUUAAGGCUGCAAAAUUUGAAAAAGAUGAUUUGAAAUAUCUUGGAUUUGAAUGCAAAAAUGCUCAAAUUAUAUCUGGUUAUGAGAUUGUCAUGCAGUGGAAUCAUUCCACUUAUAUUAAUAGUUACUAG